UUUAGUAACAUAUAACACUGUUUCCGUAGUCAACGCUUGCAAUCCCUCUCGAUUCUCUUAUGUUUUCCAACUGUUUCGAAGCGAAACCGUUGUUCAGAGCUUCAAUCGGGUCGGAUCUUAGUGUCAGUUUCAGUUCGGGUCAAGUGACCAUGUUGAAGAACCAUUGUAGUUGCAGCUUGUCGAUCGCAGAACCCGGUUCAGUGUUUUUCCGCUCCGUUUUCAGAACUUGCAGGAAGAGAAAAGAUCCUAAGAAUACUACAUACUGGAAGCCUCCACAAGCAUCUGCAGUAAAUGAUUUUCACCUCCCAAUGAGCAGUUCAGUGGUUAAAAAUAGGACAUCAAUGGAGGGCAUUAGGAGUCUGCGAUUGAUAACGGCGGUUAAAACUCCUUAUCUACCUAAUGGCCAAUUUGAUCUUGAUUCAUAUGAUAACUUGGUGGAUAUGCAGAUUGCAAAAGGCAUUGAAGGUAUUCUUGUUGCAGGCUCAACUGGUGAAGGCCAACUAAUGACCUGGAGUGAACAAAUAAUGCUUAUUGCACACACAGUCAACUGUUUUGGGGACAGAGUUAAGGUUGUUGGUAAUGCUGGAAGCAACUGCACAUCAGAGGCAAUUAAAGCCACUGAGAGAGGUUUUGCUGUUGGAAUGAAUGCUGCACUUCAUAUAAGCCCUUACUAUGGCAAAACCUCUUUGGAUGGUUUGGUUGCUCACUAUAACAGUGUACUUUCCAUAGGCCCCAUCAUUGUAUAUAACAUACCUACAAGGACUAAUCAAGAUAUUCCUCCCAGUGUAGUUCAAACCUUGGCUCAAAGUCCUAAUUUGGUUGGUGUCAAGGAGUGUGUGGGAACUGAGAGGAUCAAACAAUAUACAGAUGAAGGGAUUGUUGUAUGGACAGGGAUUGAUAAAAUGAGCCAUGAUGCUAGAUGGGAUUUUGGAGCUGUUGGAGUUCAAUCUGUUGCUAGCAACCUAGUUCCUGUUAGAAGGCAUAAGUCAGUUUUAUUUUUUUUAGAAAAACUGUAGUUACUACAACAGUACAACUGUUCCUUGUAUUCUGUAUAUAUAUAACAGAACACUUGUAUACAUAUACCAAAUACAAUUUUAUCAAUUCAUACAGUUUGGAAUACAAUAUUAUUU